UUAAGUGGCGAAAAUGUUCAACCGUCUAGUUUGUAUCAAUGAUUACGAACAGCAUGCUAAAUCAGUACUUCAGAAGUCGAUAUACGACUACUAUAGAUCUGGAGCGAAUGAUCAGGAAACCUUAGCUGAUAACACUGCAGCGUUUUCCAGGUGGAAGCUGUAUCCUCGGAUAUUGCAGAAUGUGGCUGAAAUUGACCUGUCGACUUCUGUCUUAGGGCAGAAGGUCAGCAUGCCAAUAUGUGUGGCAGCCACUGCUAUGCAGUGCAUGGCUCACGUGGACGGGGAACUGGCAACUGUGCGAGCCUGCAGGUCACUGGGAACAGGCAUGAUGUUGAGUUCCUGGGCCACCUCCUCAAUUGAAGAAGUGGCAGAGGCUGGUCCUGAGGCCCUUCGCUGGCUGCAAUUGUACAUCUACAAGGAUCGGGAAGUCACCAAGCAGUUAGUGCUGCGGGCAGAGAGGAUGGGCUACAAGGCCAUCUUUGUGACUGUGGAUACCCCUUACCUGGGGAAUCGCUUUGAUGAUGUGCGUAACAGGUUCAAGCUGCCACCCCAACUCAGAAUGAAAAAUUUUGAAGCCAGUGAUUUGGCAUUCUCUCCUAAGGAAAAUUUUGGAGACAACAGUGGACUUGCCACAUAUGUAGCAAAAGCAAUAGAUCCGUCUAUCAGCUGGGAGGAUAUUAAAUGGCUGAGGGGACUAACAUCUCUGCCAAUUGUUGCAAAAGGCAUAUUGAGAGGUGAUGAUGCCAGGGAGGCAGUGAAACAUGGCUUGAAUGGAAUCUUAGUGUCAAAUCAUGGGGCUCGACAACUGGAUGGGGUGCCAGCCACUAUUGAUGUUCUGCCAGAGAUUGUGGAGGCUGUGGAAGGGAAGGUAGAAGUCUUCCUUGAUGGAGGUGUGCGCAGAGGAACAGAUGUCCUGAAAGCUCUUGCUCUGGGAGCCAAGGCAGUUUUUGUGGGGAGACCCGUCAUUUGGGGCUUGGCUUCCCAGGGAGAGAAAGGGGUUCGAGAUGUCCUGGAGAUAUUAAAAGAAGAGUUCCGAUUGGCCAUGGCUCUGAGUGGGUGCCAGAAUGUGAAAGUCAUCGACAAGACAUUGGUGAGGAAAAAUCCUUUGGCUGUUUCCAAGAUCUAACAGUGCACAAUAUUUUCCCAUCUGUAUUAUUUUUUUUUUCCCCGGCAUGUAUUACUCGACAAAGAGACACUGUGCAGAGGGUGACCACAGCCUGUAAUUCCCCACUUUGAUACAAAGGGUGUCGUUCUUCUCCAACAAAAUAGCAAUCCCUUUUAGCCCAUUGCUUUUGACUUUUCAAUGGGUGUCCUAGGAACCUUUUUAGAAAGAAAUGGACUUGCAUCCUGGAAAUAUAUUAACUGUUAAAAAGAAAACAUUGAAAAUGUGUUUAGAAAACGUCACUCCCUGGCAGGGGAAAGGGAUGAAAAAACAAAAGAUGUUCUUUGGUAAAAUGGGAAGUAGCUAAUAGGGAGGUGAAAAGAUAAUGAUCUAACUAUAAUAUUAACCUGCAUUGUGUUUAGAUAGCCUUAGAAUGCUUUUCUUAAGUUGCAUGCUUAAGUUCAAGGUUGAACUUAUUUGAAGAUGUGAGGAAUUUGGAUUCAAAACAAUGAGAAAAUAACACUAAUAGAAUUAGAAUGAGUUUUCUAUCAUUUUUGAUUUUGUAGAUAGUUUUUAGUAUCUUCUAUUAUUUAAUAUGUUUUAAUAUGAUUUCUAUGCUUGAAUCAAUUGGAAUAUUUUAUUGGUGUUUCUACUUAAUAAGAAAAAAAUAAAUACUUAAAAAAUUUGACAUCUGAUCCAACUGUAAAAAUAUGAAAUGCAAUCAUACAAACCUCUAAACACUAUUUACAUAUUCAUCUUAUAUAUACCACAUUUAUCCUCUUCCCUUUUGAAAUUCCUCUUUAUUCAUUUGCUCUAUUCUCACUUGUAGUGGUAUAAAGAACUAGCUCAUAUUUUGUGAAUAUUACAUCUAAUGAAAACAUGAAUCCCUUCUGUUAAAAAAAAAUUUGGAACAUUGGGGCUGGGAAAUGUACAUUGGUUUAAGGGAC